UAACACUGAGCGCGCAUGCGCAAUGGGUGCCAGGUCCGCUGGUUCCCAGUCGGGUCGUUAUUGUGCUUUUUGUUUCGGAAUAGGAGGCUCGCGGGCAAAGGCUUUUUCGCCCAUCUUUUCCUCCCAUAGCUUCCCCGCCUAUGAACCCUAAAAGCUGGUGCUGCUGCUGCGGAGCUAGACAGUUCCUGAUUUAGCUCUAGGAUGUACGCUCUUCCACUAGAAGCCCUUCCGAGGGACUCAGGCAAUUAGAAAACAGUGGACUGGAAAGCAAGUGCUGUGGUCAUCCCAUGUUAUGCUCCUUGUCAACAAUGUAUACAUUCUUGCUAGGGGCCAUAUUCAUUGCCUUAAGCUCAAGUCGCAUCCUAUUGGUAAAAUAUUCAACCAAUGAAGAGAAUAAAUAUGAUUAUCUUCCUACUACUGUGAACGUGUGCUCAGAACUGGUGAAGCUAGUUUUCUGUAUGCUUGUGUCAUUCUGGGUUAUAAAGAAAGAAGACCAUCAAAAUAGAAACUUGAAAUGUGCUUCCUGGAGGGAAUUCUCUAAUUUCAUGAAGUGGUCCAUUCCAGCCUUUCUUUAUUUCCUGGAUAAUUUGAUUGUCUUCUAUGUCCUUUCAUAUCUUCAGCCUGCCAUGGCUGUUAUCUUCUCAAAUUUUAGCAUUAUAACAACAGCUCUUCUAUUCAGGAUAGUGCUGAAGAGGCAUCUAAACUGGAUACAGUGGGCUUCCCUCCUGAUUCUAUUUUUGUCUAUUGUGGCCCUCACUGCUGGGACCGAACCUUCACAGCAUAAUCUGGCAGGACAUGGAUUUCAUCACGACGCCUUAUUCAGCCCAUCUAAUUCCUGCCUACUUUUCAGAAGUCAGUGCCCCAGAAAAGACAAUUGCACAGCAAAGGAGUGGAUUUUUUCUGAUGCUAAAUGGAACACUACAGCCAGGGUUUUCAGUCACAUCCGUCUUGGCUUGGGCCAUGUACUUAUUAUAGUCCAGUGUUUUACUUCUUCAAUGGCCAAUAUCUAUAACGAAAAGAUAUUGAAGGAAGGGAGCCAGCUCACUGAAAGCAUCUUCAUACAGAACAGCAAACUCUAUUUCUUUGGCGUUCUUUUUAAUGGGCUGACUCUGGGCCUUCAGGGCAGUAACCGUGAUCAGAUUAAGAACUGUGGAUUUUUUUAUGGCCACAAUGCAUUUUCAGUAGCCCUUAUUUUUGUAACUGCAUUGCAGGGCCUCUCGGUGGCUUUUAUUCUGAAGUUCUUGGAUAACAUGUUCCACGUCUUGAUGGCACAGGUCACCACGGUCAUCAUCACAGCGGUGUCUGUCCUGGUGUUUGACUUCAGGCCCUCCCUGGAGUUCUUCUUAGAAGCCCCAUCAGUUCUUCUCUCCAUAUUUAUUUAUAAUUCCAGCAAGCCGCAAGGUCUGGAAUAUGCACCCAGGCAAGAAAGGUUCCGAGAUCUAAAUGGCCGUCUCUGGGAGCGCUCCAGUGGGGAUGGAGAAGAACUAGAAAGACUUACCAAACCCAAGAGUGCCAUUGAGUCAGAUGAAGAUACUUUCUAAUUGGUAUUCAAAUAGUUGGAAGGCUUCACAACCUUAUUUUCACAUUUUCAGCAUGUGUAAUAUUUCUCUUUUCACUUUGAUAAACCAAGAACAUUUCCAAAGCAUAAUACUCUUUGCAUAUAUCUAACUACUCCCUAAACAGUUCUAGCGAAGGCUUAGUGUACCCAAAGGCUAGAAAGGUGUAAGGAAGUCACAUAGAAGUAAUAGUAUGGAGACUGCAUUCUGCAUUAAUGGCCUGGUAAUGGAUAAAUCAACAAGGUAAAUUUACAGAUUAUUUUCCUUGUCAUCCAAGGUUCCAAAAACUUUGUAGUAAUCAUGUUAGCUGUACUCCAUAAAUAUACAAAGACAGAUCAGUUUGGCAGAUAUUCAUAAUUAUGUAGUUUUACUCUGCGUGCCAAAGUCUUCCCUUUUUUAUCAUUAUAAAUAUCACCUAGGUUGUCCCUUGAAUUUUGAGGCCCUGAAGAUACAUAUUUUGCAAUUAAAAAGCAACAUGACUCUUUUCUAAAAAAUUUGGUUGAAGGACCGUCCUAUCUUGCUACAACAUUGAUUUGAAGUUAAUCUCUGCUAAAUGUUUUGCCGAACAAGCAAUUUUUCAGAAACAAAAUCUCAGAAUUUUAAUUUUUAGAAAUUCAUGAGGGGACUUGAUUUUUAGUUAAUUAUCUUUCAAGUUUUUCUACACAAAUAAGCUUCAGUUUAGGUGAAAGUUGGUUCCCGGUCACCACAGUUAUCACUUGUAUUUAAAAUCACUUUAGCCAUGGUGGAGUUUUUCUUUCCUCAGACUGACCUCAUUACUCUUGGACUGUUAUAUUUUGGAGAACUAAGAAGAAGCCAUUUCAUUUUAUUAGCUAUUAAACAGAACUUACGAUAAUUACAUAUCUUAAAUCCUGUUCCUAAAAGUUGAGACACUGGCUUUAGAAUAUUACCAGGUUGUCAGUAAGACUGAUGCCAGAGAGUUCCUUUUAAAAGGGUCACUUUGCAAACAAAUGACUUUUACUGAAAUAUGAAUAGUAGCACUUUAAAAAGAGGAAGACCAAUAGUAAAUAGAGCACUUUGUAGUGAUAAUAUUACACACUUUUAAGUGCAUAGUGUUUUGCAUGCAGCCAAUUGCCUCGGAGGUAGAGAAGUCAAAUGAUAGAUAAUUUAAAAAUGAGAAAACAGAAGUGACUUGCCCGAAGUCAUGUCGCUGGAUGGUGACAGGGCAAGUGUUGGUGUUAGCUAAUAGGUCCAUAUGUUUACAGAGCUGUAUACUAAACGUUAGCCUUAAUGUGUGAUUCUUGGGUAGUCGAGUCGUUUCUUCUCUUUCCUCUAAUUUUCUAUAGAGAAAUAUAAGAUAAUAACUGUUAUAUAAUCCAUCUGUGAUGUGCAGAAUAAUAUGACUGGCAAGAUUUGGUGGAAAUUGAUAAAUAAAAUAAUGAUUAAACCUG